AUCGAAAUUUCAGCACAGCACAUUCAAAUGAAAUUAAUACAUUAAUAAUGUUUCUUUUAAAGGGGCUUCUUAUUCGAUUUUAUGGAUUUAUUAUUAUCUAUUUGAUAUAUCCGAUUCACAAUAUGUAUUCAUAUUACUAUUUUAUUCUUCCAUAUUUAAACACCCAUGAUCAUUAUUUAUAUCACUGUACGUUCUGAUCGGCAACACUGUAUAAGCUGAAUUUUUAUUUGUAACUUGAAAAUUUUCAUUUAUAUGAAGUUGUUUUAGUUUGGAAUAGUUAUUUAGUUUUAUUUGUUAUUUUUUAUAAUAAAAAAAUGAUUAAUACAGGAAAACUUGCUGGUCGCACAGUAUUAGUCACUGGAGGAAGUAGAGGUAUAGGGAAAGCGAUAGCUCUUAAAUUAGCUAAAGAUGGUGCUAACAUAGUCGUCGCUGCUAAAACUGCAGAACCCCAUCCAAAAUUACCCGGAACCAUAUAUACAGCUUGUGAAGAAAUUGAAAAAGCUGGUGGGAAAGGUUUAGCAUGUAUAGUAGACGUAAGGGACGAAAACACCGUUAAAAAAGCGGUGCAAGAAGCUGUAGAAAAAUUUGGAGGAAUAGAUAUACUUAUAAAUAAUGCUUCCGCUAUAUCUUUAACCGGAACUGCCGAGACUGAGAUGAAAAGAUACGAUCUAAUGCAUAAUAUAAAUACCAGAGGAACAUUUUUAGUAACCAAAGAAUGUCUUCCUUACUUGAAAAAAAGUAGUCAUGGUCAUGUUUUGAAUAUUUCGCCUCCUCUCAAUAUGAAACCGAUUUGGUUUAAGAACCAUGUGGCAUACACGAUGGCCAAAUAUGGUAUGUCGAUGUGCGUAUUAGGGAUGCACGAAGAAUUCAAACCUUUUAAUAUCGCCGUAAACGCCUUGUGGCCCAGAACAGCUAUCGAUACUGCUGCAAUGCAAAUGCUGGGAGGUAAAGAGUCAGCAAACGUAUCAAGAAAACCUGAUAUAAUGGCAGACGCAGCUUAUAAUAUAUUAAUAAAGGAUCCGAAGACUUUUACUGGAAAUUUCUGUAUCGAUGAGGAUGUUUUGAAGCAAGCCGGUGUGACGGAUCAAGAAUUGAUACAAUACGCUUGCAAUCCUGAUAACGUGGCAAAUUUAAUGGACGAUUUCUUCCUAGAUCCUAAAGAAAAGGUCUCGGGUGACAAGGCUAGUUCCGGUGCUGCUGCCGCUCCCCAAGGACAAAUCGCCUCCUUGUUUAAAAAGAUUGAAAGUUCGAUAUCGCCGCAAACCGUCCAAAAAGUACAAGCUGUAUAUGUCUUCAAUGUUACUGGGGAAGAAGCUGGUUUGUGGUACUUAGAUUUGAAAAACGGCGAAGGCUCGUGCGGGUUUGGCGAAUAUUCUCAUAAACCUGAUGCAACUUUUACAAUGGACAGCAAACAAUUCUUCAAUAUGUUUACCGGUAAAACAAAACCGACAACGGCUUACAUGACCGGUAAAAUGAAGAUCAAAGGAGAUUUAUCGAAGGCUAUCAAAUUGGAGGGAUUGAUGACCAGUUUAAAAGCCAAACUUUGAAGUUGCAUUUAUUUUACGUUUCCUUUAUACGAAUUAAAAAUUAUUUUGUCGGUGAAUAAACUUGGUAUUGGUAUAUAAUUAAAUAUAACUUUUAUUAUUUAUUUAAAAACAUGUUUAAUGAUAUAUUCUAAACGUUUAAUGUUGAUAAAAUCCGCAAUUUUAUAAAUGUUGUACAAGUAAAUUCUGUAUUCGAUUUGUAUUUUAUUAAAAAAAUAUAUUUUUU